CAGAAACUCAGCGCGUUCGCAAAAAGAACGUGAGAGUGACGUCAUUUUCCGGGAACUGUAAAAGCAAGAGUUGGCAAGACGAAAGGAUACUGUACUUAUAACAUUGAUUCUAGAAGAAGACUAUGCAGACAAUCAGUGUAACAUGUGUAACAGUGUCAUUAAUACGGUUUCUCUUCUGUACACUGAUACUUCUAUCAUGGCAAGCAUAUGCGUGUACAAAUUGUUGGGUGUUAUUUAAUAACAAGUGUUACGCCUUUACUGAAUCUUUAAAGAGAUGGGCUGACGUAAGAUCCUUUUGUCAGCAAUUCGGAGACGAUGGUGAUAUGCUGGUCAUAAAAUCUCUAGCAGAAUUGAAUUUUUUGAAGACGGAAAUAAGUAGAAGAGAUACAUCUCACUGGACUGGUGCAACAGAUGAGGGAGAUGAUGGUAACUGGCGAUGGAUUGAUGGAAGCCCAUGGGACCCUGAAAUUGGAGAACGGAUGUGGUAUUCUAGUAUCAAGAACUACAACUGCGCAUAUUCUAGACGAGUUGGGGACUGGGACAGCAUGUCUUGCUCUAAUUUAAAUAGAGCCCUCUGCAAGAGAUCAUUAGACUUUGGCCUAAGUCUCUGGACGGAAUGGGGAGAGUGUUCAAAAACAUGUGGAGAUGGAAAUAGAUCUCGUACUCGAAAAUACGAUAAUCCAACACCAGCUGAUGGAGGGAAUGAUUGCAAUGACAACAAUGCUUUAAUGGAAACCCAGUUCUGUAAACUUAUAGAUUGUCCUGUAAAUGGAGGACCUGGUCCUUGGACAGCAUGGCAACACUGUUCUGCCACAUGUGGAGAUGGAGAAAAAAUCCGCACCAGAGAAUGCAACAACCCUGUACCGGCUUAUGGAGGAGCUGAAUGCAGUGUC